AUGUCGUACCUACAGAACCAGCUCAAAAGCUUCAACACCCAGGUGAUGGAGUCGGCGAACCGCAUGCCUCAGCAAAGGCGCGUGGUGAAUAACCAGCCUACUCAGUCUGCCUCUGCCACCAGCUCCCAGGUUCCAUCCUCCGCACCGACUCCGUCCUCGUCUGGUGACUUGAAGAAAAAGAGGCACGAUGCCGACAUCGUCUACUCCCAACCAGCAAACACGGGCACAGGAAAGGAUAUCAUGACUCAGGUCCUUUUUGCGAUCGAGCACAUGAAGACCAAAAGCGUGCCACUCCGGCUCUCCGAUAUCAUAUCCUAUCUCUCCCUUCAAAACCGGCCGAAUGAACAAGCCUACGUUCUCGCUCUUGCGAGGAUUCUGAAAUCACACGAGAAGGUUGAAUAUGACCCGAACGGCGCCAACGGCGAAGGCACAUACAGUUUUCGCCCUCCGCAUAACAUCCGCAACUCGGAGCAACUUCUCCAACAGCUCCAAGCGCAAACUACUGCGGCUGGAAUGAAUGUGCGAGAGCUCCGCGAGGGGUGGCCAAAUGUCGAGGAUGCUAUCAACCAGCUAGAGAAGGAAGGAAAAUUACUUGUAACUCGAAACAAGAAGGACGACCAUGCGAAGAUGAUCUGGGCGAAUGACCCAUCGCUCAUCGAGCGCUUCGAUGACGAGUUCAAGGUGAUCUGGGAAAAAAUCAAGAUUCCGGAUGCGCAGGCCGUCAAGGAGGAGUUGGACAAGGCCGGUAUCACUCCUACGAACAAAAACAAGGUGACCAAACCUCGACCUAAGAUGGAAUCGAAGAAGGUCAAGAAGCCUCGCCGCAGUGGAAAGACUACCAAUACCCAUAUGCAGAGUAUCCUGAGAGACUACUCCCACCUGAAGCGGUGA